GAAAUAAUUAAUACAACUUCAUCGUUGAAAGAACUUGGUCAUUUUAAAUAUCGCGAUUUUCAGGAAUCUGUAAAUUCUGAUACACUCAAAAUGAAAGAAUUGCUGCAGCGUUUAAUUGGAGAUUUACAAGAAUGGAAAAAAAUUAGAAACCACGCGAUCCGAUAUAAAAGAAAAGUGUUCGAUGCUUUUAAAAUUGCCCUUGAUCGUAAUAAAACUGAGUUGCCAUCUGUAGAAUCUGAUGCUCUUAAUAUUCCGCUUAUUCCUGAAAAUUAUUUGGAUAUUCUCUACAAUAUUGGUAUCAAAUUAUAUGAUAUUUUCAGUAAAAUACCUAUAACACAACGUCAAAUAAAAGCUCAUGUUGAACCAAAUAUAACAGAUAUGGUCAACCAGGGACAACUUUUCAUUGGAACAUGCAAUGAUAAAUUUUUGGUGCCUAAUAUUAUUAUGUCUUUAUACUAUUUGCAUAAUAAAUGUUAUCCAGAAGCAUGGCAGCUUCUAAUUUGCAAACCUUCAACUAAAUUAGAAGAACUUUUAACAUUUACAAGGCGUUGUUUUUUUGCUUCAGAGAAUGAAUACGAAAAGUACUUAUUUUGUAUUGCAAAUGUGGAGUUUUUGGAUUUUGAAUUGCAAAAUCAGUUAGUGACAGAAAUACAUUCUCUUUACGAUAAAAAGAACUUUUAUUUAGCUUUAAUUUGUUGCGAAAAUGGCAUGCGUCAUCAUAUCAUCGAUCAAUUUACAGAAUGUGUACAUAUAACUAAAGGAAUUGAUGCGGAUUCAAUGUGCAAUAUUUACAAAGAAUUAUGUCCCAAUGUACAGACAGUUUCUUCGGAUUUAUCAGGGCAAGGGAAGACUAAAUGGAUUGAAAAAAAUAGUUCUGAAAAUGAACUAAAUCCUCGAAAUUUUUUGAUUAGUGACGGGAUGACAUUUGGAAUGCUUGUACGGCAAUUAUCAGAAAUCACGUUGCAAAAGAACGAAAGCUUGCAUUUAAAUAUAAUGUUGAUAAAUCAUCCUUUCGAUGUAAACACAUUUCUGUUUGAAUUGCUUUCCUUUAAAAUUGUGUGGGAUAAGACAUAUUUUUUUAGCAUCCCAUCAACAUUAAUAUAUAUAGAGGUGGCAUCGACAAUAAAUCAAGCUUUAUUUAAUUCAAUUCCAAUCACUGGUCAUUUAAUAAAUAAACAUUUGACGUGGAAUAUCGAAAAUCUUAUUGUAUCUCAUGAUGUGAAUAGCUCAAUUCAAAUUGUUGCCAAAUAUUUGGAUGCGCACGAUUGUGAUGUAAUCAAUACGGUUGACCUAAUCUUUGAGGACGAAGAGCAACAGCCUCUUUCUGACACUGAUGUAAUCAAUAGAGUUGACCUAAUCUUUGAGAACGAAGAACAACAGCCUCUUUCUGACUCACGUUGUCGUAAAUUGCUGCAAAAGUACUUUUUUGACAAGUGUUCUCAGGAUAUAGUGUCAUAUCGUUUCCUUGAAAUAUUUAUUAAUGUUCUUGCAAAUCAGCUGUCUCAAAUGUCAUCUAGCGCAUUUUUUCGUGUGGACACAUUAAAAUGGAUCAAUGCGGACAAAAAUAUCCGGAAAACAUUAUUGGAAACUUUCAUAGAAGUUUCCAAAGAUUUUGCAACUCGUUCAGUGGACUCUAAGGUGGCUCAAUUAAAAAAUUUAACAAACUUAGAGGAUAUAGCAAUUAGUAAUAAUAUUAGACCAUGGGAAGAUUCGAAUCAUUUAUUAGUAUUUUUCUUGUCUCAAUCCACUGGUUCUAUCUGUGCACUUUAUCGUGAUAAGUAUAAGGUUCCAAGAAAUGUCGAAAAUCUGCUGAGAAGCCAGCAUACUUCAAGAUCUCUUUGGAAUAGGUUUACAUUGGAUGAUUAUAAUAAAAUGUCUUCUGAAAGCAUUUUAAUGAAGUUAGAAAGCAUGGCAUGCGUGACAUUUGAGAAACGUGAUUAUCCUCUAUAUGCACUUUCUGCAGAUAACCUUUUGAAGAUGGCAUUAGUUUUAUUACGAUCAAGGGCAAAUAUACCGGUAGUGGUUUGUGGUGAAGCUGGAUGUGGAAAGACAAGUCUUAUUCAAUUUCUUUCAAUUGCUGUCAGAGUUGAAUUAUUAAUUCUAAAUGUUCAUGCUGGCAUAAGUGUAAGGGAAAUAGUUGGGUUUGUGUCAGAAGCAGAAAAAAUUGCAGAGAAAUGUGAAGUAUGGUUAUUUUUUGACGAGAUAAAUGCAUGCAAUCAUAUUGGCAUUCUUGCAGAUUUAAUUGCUCACCGGUUGUUUCUUGGCAAGAAUAUUCAUGAAAAUAUUCGACUCUUUGCAGCUUGCAAUCCUUAUCGAUUGCGUCAAAAAGCUGAUACUCAAGCAGGUCUUUCAAAAAGAUAUGAAGAGAAAAGUCGUCUCGUAUAUCAAGUACGACCACUUCCUGAUCAGAUUUUGGAUUUUGUUUGGGAUUACGGUGCUUUAAAACCUUCUGAUGAGAAGAUUUAUAUCGAUACAAUGGUCAAAAAAUUUCUUGAAGAUUCACAUAUGGACGUGAAAACAGAUUUAUUUGUUGAACUUUUGUUUGAGUCUCAAGAAUUUAUUCGAGAUCGUGAAGGGAUACAUAGUGUCAGUUUACGCGACGUGAAAAGAGCAAUCAUCAUAUUUAAAUUUUUUAGUGAAAGUCUCAGAAAACGACAAGAAUUAGCUGGUCCUGAAAAAAAUCAAUCAAUUUUAGCAUCAUUUUGGAAAAAUUUGAAAAAAAUUGCAAAAAACAACGCAUUUUAUGGUAAUGAAAUCUUAGGAAAUAUCGUCAAAUCAUAUAUAUUAGCAUUAAGCCUUUGCUACCAAGUUCGCUUUUUUGAGCAGGAAAUACGUGACCAAUAUCAAACUAGGAUGUGUGGAGUGUUUGGAAGAUUUGGGAUAUCAAUGAAUCAUCAAACUUUUGUGGAAAUCAUUCAAGAAGAACAAAAAGAUUUUAUGAAACGUAUGACGAAACCGGGCAUGAUUGCUGAAAAUUUUGCUCUCCUCGAGAAUGUACUCGUGAUGACCGUGUGUAUAUUAACUCGUAUUCCACUAUUUAUAAUUGGUGCGCCGGGUGCAUCAAAAUCUUUAGCCAUUCGUAUAGUUAGCCAAAGUCUCCGUGGAGCAGAUUCUGAAGAUCUUUAUUUCAGGACUCUUCCUCAAGUAUAUAUAAUUCCUCAUCAAGGAUCAUCAUCAUCUACGUCUGAUGGUAUCAUUAAAGUAUUCGAUAAAGCACAUAAAUAUCAAAAUGAGUCAAAAGAUUUUCAAUUAAUCGCCGUUGUCCUGCUUGACGAAACUGAGAUGAGUCCUCAUAAUCCACUAAAAGUUUUACAUUCCAUACUCGAACCAAACUAUCCUGCUGAACUUCCAGAGGUUUCUAUUAUUGGAAUCAGUAAUUGGAGACUUGAUAACUCUAAAUCAAGUAGAGCUUUAUUAGUACAAAGACCAGAAUUCAAAGAAAAAGACCUUAUUGAUACAGCAAAACGAAUAUUAGGAGGGAAAGCCGAUUCAACCAAAUUCAAUGCCUUGGCUAAUUCUUAUCUUUUUUAUGAGAAAGCUCAACCUAUUGCUAAUUUUCACGGGCUUCGUGAUUAUUAUUCAUUAGUUAAAAGCCUCGGUAAAGAGAAGCUUACACCAGAAUUCAUACAAAUGGCAUUAUUAAGGAACUUUGGCGGGACUGAUCGAAUGGAUGAUCUCUGUCAGAGACAUUUUAACGAUGUUAUAAAUGCAUUUCAUGGCCGUCCUAUUAACAAGUACAUGAAAUUCUCGGUCGAGGAUCUUAUUAGGGCUAAUUUAGAAGAUAAAAGUGCACGUCAUUUAAUGGUUAUUGGGAAAAGUAAUUCUAUAGUAAAUCUCUUGACAUAUAAAUUGAGAAAAUGGAAUAAAGAAUUAGCGGAUAAAGAUUCUAAAUUUGAUACAAAUUUAGAACCUGUUGUCAUUUAUGGCAGUCAAUUUCCUAAUGAUUUCGAUGGAGAUUAUCAAUAUAGUGUGCUAUGCCGUAUUAUGAUGUGCGUUGAAACGGGAAGACCUUUAAUUUUAACAGAUCUCGAUAUAAUCUACGGAAGUCUUUACGAUUUAUGGAACCAAAAUUACAUUACUGUAGGAAAAGAAGGAAACCAAACAUUCUAUACACGUGUUUCGUUGGGUGCUUAUUCGAACCCUAUGGUGUGCGUUCAUAAAAAUUUCCGAUGCAUCUUAGUCCUUGAUGAAAAAAAAGUUGAUUUUUCAGAUCCACCACUCUUGAAUCGAUUUGAAAAACAAAGUUUUUCUAUUAAUGAUGUCAUGGAUGAUAAUAUGAAAAGAUUAGCCAAAGAACUUGAAAAAUGGUCCAAUCAGAUAGGAGUUAUUGCUGAAUCAGAAUUUAAUGAGAAAGACAUUUUUGUUGGGUUUGAUAAGGAGGAAACAUUGCAAAGUUUAGUAAUUUCCAAUAGUAAUGAUCCAAAAUUGAAUGAUAAUGAUAUUUUGAAAAAAUGUAAAGAAUUGUUAAUGGGCAUUGCCUUGUCAGAUGGAAUUAUACGCUCAAAGAAAUCAAUGGUAAAUAGUAAUGAAGUAGAGUAUUGGUAUAAUUUCUACUUUAAACAACGUCAUGAAGAUCUUUCUAGCUAUAUUCAAUCAUCGGUGAAUGAUUCUGUUAAUGAGCAAGGAAUCAAUACAAUAAUAUAUACAUUUUCAAACGUAUAUAUUGAUAUUGCAUCUUUUUUAAAAAAGAUUAUGAAAUGCCAGGUUGAUAAGCUUUCAACAUUUAAAAGUGAAGCACAAUUUCAAUCCCGUAUUAGACAUUUCUGGCUAGAAUCUAAAGAUGAACUAUUGAUUUUACAAUGUGAUGUUGCCACAUUGAAUUCUGGGUGCAUCAAGUUCGCAAAGUUUAUUAUUGAACAAUACAGAAAUGAAUUCAUGAUGACAAAUAAAUUCGACAAGCCAAUAAAGCAUGCAUGUAUAAUCCUCCAUUUAAAAAGAGAACACGUCACAUCGAUAGUAUCACCAUUUAAUUUUAUGUGUGGAUGGGAUCAAAUUACUAUUGAAACUUUAGACCCUCAAGAAUAUCCACUUAUAGAUUAUGUGAAUAAUAGUUUAGUGAAUAUUCUGAAUACAUCAUUUAAAUUUGAAGAAGUUAUCAACCGUGAAUUAUUAUGGUGUUUACUUUGCAUGAAGUUUCCACAAACGUAUGAAUCAGCAGAAUACCUAAA